GUUUUUUCACAUCCCCCUUCUUCCUCCCCCUCUCUCCAUUCCCCUCCCUAAUUCGUCCAGUCCCCACGCCCACACACACGAAGCCAACCCAUCUGGCAUUGAUUAUCCUGUUGCUGCUGCUGGACUCAGCCACUGCCUCUGUCUCAGGGACCCCGGCGCCUCUCCCCCUAGCCAUGCUGCCUCCUAUUCCACUCUUCGUCCUGGGGCCCCUUUUUACUUCCUUGGCCCUGUUGUCCCUCACCCAAGCCCAGGAAGCUCCUGCCCAGACCCCCAACUAUACCAGACCUGUGUUCCUGUGCGGAGGGGAUGUGACCGGGGAAUCAGGCUACGUGGCAAGUGAGGGCUUCCCCAAUCACUAUCCCCCCAACAAAGAGUGCAUCUGGACAAUUACGGUCCCUGAGAGUCAGACUGUUUCCCUCUCCUUCCGAGUCUUUGACUUGGAAUUGGAUUCCUCCUGCCGAUAUGAUUCUCUAGAGAUUUUUGCUGGGGCAGGGACAUCAGGCCAGCGUCUUGGACAGUUCUGUGGGACCUUCAGGCCAGGGCCUGUGGUUGCCCCUGGCAACCAGGUGACACUGAGGAUGAGGGCUGAUGAGGGGACAGGAGGACGGGGCUUCCUGCUGUGGUACAGUGGGCGGGCUACCAGUGGCAAUGGCACCCCCCCAGGUGCAAGGCGGAAAUGGGGCGCAGACCCGCGGGUGGACUGGGCGGCGUGGGGUUACUGGGAUGAGCACCAGUUCUGUGGAGGUCGGCUGGAGAAGCCCCAAGGUACCCUGACCACACCGAACUGGCCUGAAUCUGAUUAUCCCCCUGGGGUCAGCUGUUCUUGGCUCAUCAUUGCUCCCCCAGAACAGGUGAUUUCUCUGACCUUUGGGAAAUUUGACCUGGAGCCAGACACUUACUGCCGAUAUGACUCAGUCAGCAUUUUCAAUGGAGCUCAAAGUGAUGAUUCAAAAAGAUUGGGGAAGUAUUGUGGGGAUACUGCCCCAAGCUCUAUCACCUCAGAAGGAAAUGAACUCUUGGUCCAGUUUGUCUCAGAUCUCAGUGUCACUGCUGAUGGAUUCUCUGCCUCCUAUAAAGCCCAGCCCCGAGGCAGUGGGAAGGAGGGGGUCCCAGUUCCAGCAUCCCCACAACCACAGCCAGGGCCUAAGGUCAAACUCCCUACCAAACCCCAGGAGAACCUGAAACCUACCUUGCCAACAGAAUCUGAUGUUCCUAGUACUCCCUGCCCAAAACAAUGCCGAAGAACUGGCACUCUGCAAAGCAACUUCUGUGCCAAUAACUUCGUGGUGACAGGGACAUCGAAGUCAAUGGUUCGAGGUCCUGGGGAAGGGAUCACUGUCACUGUCACCCUCAUGGGUGUUUACAAGGCAGGGGCUCUUGUCUUGUCUUCCACUCCUGUUGGAACCCCACUUAAGUUGUAUGUGCCCUGCCGGCAAUGUCCCCCAAUAAAGAAAGGGUCUAGUUACCUGCUGAUGGGUAGUGUGGAUGAAAAGGGAGGAGCAGUCCUCCCACCCAACAGUUUUGUAGUUCUAUAUCGGCCAAACCAGGACCAGAUCCUCUCCAAUCUGAGCAAAAAGAAGUGUCCUUCCCAGCCUCUAGCCCGAGCCUGAGAUAACCUGCACUACUUAAUUUCUUCCCUUCUUUCGUCCUUUAUUAAAUGCAAAUAAAGUUUACUAUGACAAGAGAAAAGCAUCAGUUUGUC